GAGUGACACCACCACCAGGAAUGGGCCUCUCAGCUCUGUGUCUGUCUCCAUUCAGGCUGGAACAAGUCUCCUCAUAAGCUCGGUCCUCCCCCUGGAAUCUGAAGUCUCCUCAACCUUCUCAGUCAGCCUGAGAGGGACAAGUAGAACUGCUGUACAAACUCUGCUAGCAGGCUGCCAGGGUGACCUCACCCUCUCCAGCACCCCCUUCUUGAUGCCAGCUAUGAGUUCCUGCAACUUCACACAUACAACCUUUGUACUUAUUGGUAUCCCAGGAUUAGAAGCAGCCCAUUUUUGGAUCGGCUUCCCCCUGCUUUCAAUGUAUGCCGUGGCAGUGUUUGGAAACUGCAUCGUGGUCUUCAUCAUAAGGACAGAGCGCAGCCUACAUGCUCCCAUGUACCUCUUUCUCUGCAUGCUGGCAGCCAUUGACCUGGCCUUGUCCACAUCCACCAUGCCCAAGAUCCUCGCCCUCUUCUGGUUUGAUUCCCGGGAGAUUACCUUUGAUGCCUGCAUUACCCAGAUGUUUUUUAUUCAUGCUCUCUCAGCUAUUGAGUCCACUAUCCUGCUGGCCAUGGCCUUUGACCGUUAUAUAGCCAUCUGCCACCCACUGCGCCAUGCAGCAGUGCUCAACAAUACAGUAACAGCCCAGAUUGGCGUGGUGGCUGUGGUCCGUGGAUCCCUCUUCUUUAUCCCACUGCCUCUGCUCAUCAAGCGGCUGGCCUUCUGCCACUCCAAUGUGCUCUCACACUCCUACUGUGUGCACCAGGAUAUGAUGAAGCUGGCCUAUGCAGACACGUUGCCCAAUGUGAUCUAUGGUCUUACUGCCAUUCUGUUGGUUAUGGGUGUGGAUGUCCUCUUCAUCUCCUUGUCCUAUUUUCUGAUUAUACGAACAGUUCUACAACUGCCUUCCAAGUCAGAGCGGGCCAAGGCUUUUGGAACCUGUGUGUCACACAUCGGUGUGGUGUUAGCCUUCUAUGUUCCUCUCAUUGGCCUCUCAGUGGUACACCGUUUUGGAAACAGCCUUGAUCCCAUUGUGCAUGUUCUCAUGGGUGAUGUUUAUCUACUUCUGCCUCCUGUGAUCAAUCCCAUCAUCUACGGUGCCAAGACCAAACAGAUCAGAACUCGGGUGCUAGCUAUGUUCAAGAUCAGCUAUGACAAGGACCCUCAGGCUGUGGAGAACAGGUGAUCCUUACCACUCCACUCUCCCUUAUUUUUAAUGGCGUGACAUAAGGAUUUCCUAAUGCUAGCUUAAUUCUAGUUGCCUAUAAGCGUAUCGAUGAUUUUCUCAGCUGUGGCCUCCGAAUUCUGCCUCUGCUUGGGGUGAAAGUUUGGAGGCCACCAUUAUUUCCUUCCAUAGGUCAAAAUGUUAUUGAUAUUAUUAUUGUACCAAAAGUUUAAAUUAGAAAAACCACCAAUAUCCCCAAUAUGUAGUAAAAAAACAGAGAAGAGUGACAAAAAAUACAACUGGCUUUUUAACAAGGGGAAAAUUAUUCUACCUGACUAGUAAUCUGAGAAAUCAUAUAUUAAAACAAUAAUUAGGCAGCAUUUUUGUCUAUUAAAUUAGCAGUUUUUAUUAAUGAAAAUUCACAAUGUUGAAAUAUAAAUUCAUGACCAUCAAAGGUGAUGGUAUAAUUGGCAUAUGUAGCAAGAAAUUUUAAAGGUUCUAUGCUUUAAUGCUAUAUUCUCACUUUUGGAAAUCUAUCCUAACAAAAUAUCCCUAAGUGCAGAAAGCAGGUUUUUCAUAAAAUAUAUUGGUUACACAAUUAUUUAGAGAAAUCAUAUUAAAAAUACUAGGAUAUAAUAUAUAAAAGUAAGGAAUAGUAAACUCAAGUAUGGUCCAUUUAUUUAAUGGAAUAUUAUGUGGAAUAAUCUAUAUAAAAGGAAUAUUGUGUGACUUUUAAAGAAUCUGCUAUAAAAUGAAACAUGCAUAUAAUGUUAAAAAAUAAACAAUAAGGACACAUGAUUGAAACUAACUUGAAAAGCACCUCUGCCUUGAAGGAAAUGUGCUCAAAUUAAUAGUGACUCAUUUUUGUUUUUACUUUCUAAAUGUCUUUAUUAUGGAGAUCUUGUUUAGCUGAUGCGCAACUUUCAAAAUGAAGAAAAUGAAACUGACAAUUUACAUAAAACAAAGCUUGUCACAGACCUCACUGUUGGUUUACUAUGCAUUAUCUGGGAAUUUAUCUAAGCUCUACACAGUAAUGCCAAUGAACAUGUCUUGAGUGCUUAUCAUGUUCCAGGCACUAUGCUAAGUGCUUUAGUGGUUUUAUCUGAUUUUCACAACUUUUUGGAGUAAGUACCAUUUUUGCCUCCCAUUACAAGUGAGAGAAAUGAGACUUUCAUUAACAAGAUAACUAAGCCAUACAGUUUGUGGGUGCUGUGCCAAGAUUUGAAAUUGAAUUUGAUAACCAAACACAGUUACUUAAUUUCCAUGUUAUAUUGCUUCCUUUUUAACAUCUGCCAUUUAUUUCCUCAGCCUGUGCAAAUCCUGUUUUCUCUCUGCUGUGUGCCUUAUAAGAUGAAUGUAUUUGUGUUGAGACAUAACCCUGCCCUCAUGAGUAACAAAUCCAGAAUACUGUUCAGGUUUUAUAGCCACCUUUCAUGUUCCACAGCCUGCUUCUUCCCAGAUUAAGGAAGAAUAUUUUUGUCUAUUUAUCUCUUAUAUAUUCUCAAUCAUAUUUCCCUUUUUAAGUAUAUUCUGUACCUGUCAAAUAUUUUGAAUGUCUGGUUUUUAAUUCAGGUAUAAGAUAUAAUAAAAUUUUAUUUU